GAGAGAGGGGGGUGUCAUCGCUUCGCAUCGCUUGAGGGGGAUUAUCCCACCGCCGUCGGAGAUGGCGAUGGCUCGGUCGCCAUUGUCAAAGUGCGCUUGAGAGAAGGAGAGAGCGAGAGUGUCUCUGCUCGAAGGUGGUUCCAGGUCGUCCGCUCAUAUCCUCGCACAUCAUCAUCGAGAGUCUCUGCUCGAUCGGAUUCGAUCCUCGCUCGUCUCUUCUCUCUCUCUCUCUCCCUCUUCUACUCCAUCAAUCGCCACUCGCCAAUGAUAAUGACGAUUCAGUAUCCUUUGUCUUUGUUGCCCCUUAAGUAGCGAAACGGGUGUAAUGCAGCCAAUGUGCGCAUUCUUUUGGACUGACCUCUAACUGUUUGUGUUUAUGACUGAGGCGUCCAAACCAGAAGUAGAUUUGUUUGCAGACAUUCCGAGGAUCACAAUGGCUACUUCUUCCUCAUUCUCUGCGUACAUGGUACAAGGGCAAACGAUCUGUCCUGAAGCUAGAAAGUCCCCCCAAUGCCUGUUCAAUACAUCCACCUCUUCGUGCAAACAGUUGGUUCAAUGUAAUGCGGUUUCUUUUUCUGCUUAUAUGACACAGAUGAGGUUGUCAUCCUGUAGAAAUCCGUUGAAGUUGGCUAUGACUGAAAGAUCUUCACAGAGAAAAGCAGUCUGUUGCUCAGCCAUGGAUGUAGACAAUUCAAGGGCUUCGUUUUUGCCUGGAAAAAAGUUUCAACUCAACGAUGUGAUUGAAGCUCGACAGUUUGACAGAGACACUCUUAGUGCUAUUUUCGAAGUUGCACGUGACAUGGAGAAGGUCAAACAGAAUUCACCUGGAAGUCAAAUUCUCAAGGGUUAUUUGAUGGCUACUCUAUUUUAUGAGCCCUCUACCAGGACUAGGCUUUCAUUUGAGUCUGCCAUGAAAAGGUUAGGUGGUGAGGUUUUAACCACUGAAAAUGCGCGCGAGUUCUCAUCGGCGGCAAAGGGCGAAACACUGGAAGAUACGAUAAGAACUGUUGAGGGCUAUUCGUAUAUUAUUGUGAUGCGGCAUUUCGAAAGUGGCGCUGCGAGAAGAGCGGCAGCUACAGCUGGAAUUCCUGUCAUUAACGCAGGGGAUGGUCCAGGACAGCAUCCAACUCAGGCUCUUUUAGACGUGUAUACGAUUGAAAGGGAGGUUGGGAAGCUGGAUGGCAUUAAAGUAGCGCUUGUAGGUGACCUUGCUAAUGGAAGGACGAUUCGUUCACUUGCAUAUUUGCUCGCCAAGUACCAAGGCGUGAAGAUUUAUUUAGUAUCUCCUGACGUUGUCAAGAUGAAGGACGACAUUAAAGAGUACUUGACAUCGAAGGGGGUGGAAUGGGAAGAGAGCGCUGAUCUAAUGGAGGUGGCUUCUAAGUGCGAUGUGGUGUAUCAAACACGCAUCCAACGCGAGCGUUUUGGAGAGAGAAUUGACCUCUAUGAUGAAGCGCGAGGCAAGUACAUUGUCGACAAAGAUGUGAUGAACGCAAUGCAGAAGCAUGCCGUGGUGAUGCACCCUCUUCCUAGGCUGGAUGAGAUUACGGUGGAUGUCGAUGACGAUCCCAGGGCCGCCUAUUUUCGUCAAGCGAAGAACGGUCUGUACAUAAGGAUGGCUCUAUUGAAGCUUUUGCUCGUCGGAUGGUGAAGCGGGAAUAUUUAAGCUUCCAACAGUUUUGUUCUUGACGUGCGAACUUCUGAGUUUUUCUCGUUUGUUUCGGGAAACAAUUCAAUCACAUGAUUAAUGUCGAAGUUUUUGAGACUACACUGGUUGAGGAGAAAGUAUAAUCUAUCAAGCUUUUCUCGUUCAACUUUA